AUGAUGCCAUUGUCGCUGCACAUCUCGGACAUAGGCUUUGCCGUGCUUUGGGACCCACGAAACGUUAACGUUGGCUCUGAAUAUGCCGCUGAGGACUGUAUUGUCCCAUUGACACAUCGUCGGAAAGAAGACCCAACUUUUAUGAGUAUCGACAACUUGUGCUCGACAUUCAAAAGACUUGCAAGCAGUCUCUUAGGUCGACAUACGGCCUCCAUUCUAUUCGGCCCAUUGAUCCUCAGCUCUCUGAGCCCGAGAUCGGACAUUGGGGAGGCAACUUUCGGGUCUCGAGAUAGAACCGCAACUGAUACAUAG